AUUUGUUUUGGCCUUAGUCAACCACGGAACAGCAAUGAUUUGUUCAAUUAUAUAUUUAGAAAAACCGUAAUAGAGUGAAUCCAUGAAAGCCGAAGCGCAAAGUGGCGAGGGACGCCUGUACAAAACUUUCUUAAGUCGCUUUGUGUGUGUGUGUGUGUGUUUUUUAAUGUCACAGGACAGAGCUCCCGGUGAGUGCUGCUCGUUGAGAAGAGUGAUACGUGCUUUCAUGUUAGACUCUCCAAAAGUCGAAAAUCGGUUUUUGGAACAACAGAACCCAGAGGGGUCUGAAUAUGCGUUCAAAGUUGGCAACGCUGAUCCUGCCAGCUACGUCUUCUGAUUCGUGUAAGUGUGUUUUGGAGCCAUGUAACCAGAAGAUACGUUCACACGGUCCCGUGAUAAUGUGUGUUUAUGAGUGAGGGCGAACAGGCAGUAUUUGUGGCGGGUCACCACAAACGAAUGUAUGGGAAAACCCUGUUUGUACGCCAGUCGCCGUUAACUUGCACACACCUCUCAAUCAGUAAAGUAGUAGAUUGGGGGCGUUGCCCUUGAGUCGUAAUUAUUGACUAUGAGCUGGUGACCUCUGACCUCCGUAACGCAAUUAAUUGGCGCAUUUGCCAGUGUGGGAGAUGAUCCCAAAUGUCAAAUUCUUUUUGACAGCGACAGCACGUUGAAAUAACAGGAAGUGAAGGUGUGUUUACGCUUCGCUCACCGCCAGACAUCACUGGAGCGGUCAGAGGAGCUCACGCUGUGUGUCUUUCUGUCUGGGGGGGUGGGUCCCAUCGUCACUCCUUCCAGGAAGACCUCCACACAGUUUCCUUUUAUAGAAGCUGAACACAAAAGACUUGCCGUCCACUUCCUGUAAACAGCUUAGAGUAAGUCUGUGUGUGUGUGUGUGUGUGUGGUGCUCCGGGUAGUUGACCCCCUUUCACAAGUGCGGUGUUGAGGAAGUGGGCUUCCUUGGAUGAGCGCCAGCCCACAUGGGGGUGGAAUAGAAAGCGCAGUGAUGAUGAUGAAACAUGAGACAGAGUCAGAGGGGAAAAAAACAGUCAAAAUAAAAGUAGUAAAUACAGUGGAACCUCUCUUAGCGCCCACUAGGGUUGGGCAUCGUUGGAAUUUGAGCGAUUCCGGUAUCUUCUAUCAAAGAAGCUAGCUUACUAACAAAAUGGUAACCGGAACUGGAAGUCAGCUACGUCGCCCGUCUAUGAUGUCGUCAGUGGCUGACUCUCACACAAAAUAUGUUUUUAUACUUUUACAUGCAUAAAAUAAAUGUAAAUGCAUACAAUUGAUGAAUGAAAGGGACAAACAAACAUUUAAGGUUACUUUUACAUUCAGUGAAGACAUGAUUCUUGAUGUGAACGUUCCCAAAGACGUGAACUAGCAGCGAAACACCAGACGGACAACUCAUGACUAUUAUAGGCGUAUUCUAAAGGUAAAAGUAAAUGGAAAAAAAAAAAAACACGCAGUAAAAGUGGAAAAACCUAUAGAAAUUUUACAACAAUAAAGUCUAAAUAUUAAGAGUAAUCUUACAAAAAUAACAUUGUAAUAUUAUGAGGAGAAAUAACGGUGUUUUAGUAGUGUAACGUUUCAAUAUAUAAAAAAAAAGAUGUUUAUUUUUUAAAUUGGAAAAUUAUGAUAAACAAAUAAAACAACGAAUAAAGUUGUAGUUUUGGAAAAAUUUGUUUGCUGAAAAACAUGUAUAAUGUUACGAGAAUAAAGAAGAAGAAGAAAUAGUUGGAAAAUUAAAAAGAAAAACAGCAGAAAUGAAAAAAAGCAGCUGUAAUUUCAUGAGAAUAAAGUCCAAAUAUUAAGACAAGUAUUUUAAUGAGAAAAAAGUCACAAUUUUAUGAGAUUAUUAAGAAAAAGAAUGUCAUUUUAGCAGCAUACAGUUGAAAUAUUAUAAUAAAAACAAGAAUAUAAUCAAAAAAAUUAUAUAAAGUAUUAUAAGAAAAAAUAAGUAAAUUUUUUUAAGUCAUAAUUGGAAAGUCAUAAUACAAGAAACAAACGAAACAAAACAAAGUUGUAAUUUUUGAAAAUUGAGGUUGUGGGGAAAAACUUCUAAUAUGAUGCGAAUAAAGAUAUUACAAAUAUUAUGGGAAUAAAGUCAUAAUGUCACGAAAAGAAAAUGCACCAAGCUUAAGAAGAAAGUUGAAAGACCAAUGUUUUCUACUAAGAAUAGACAUUUUCACUUACAUGACAAAGCUGAAAUGUAGUUUUUUUUCUUGAAAUAUAUCUAACUUCUGAGCGCAUCUACUUGUGCUGCUUGGCAAGAUAGAAAAAUGGCCCUCACUGGAAAAAGUUUGGACACCCCUGACCCCCAGCACCAUGCCCUUUUAGUGUCUACGCAAAGGCUAGGCUAAGCUGUGCUUGUGCUAAGUGUUUAUUUACCAGCACGGCGAUGAGGGAGGUGUUAAUGCAGCUGUUUAACUCUGCGUAUGUGUUAAACUUUAUUGUAAUUUACCCUGUAUCUAUAUUUAUUGGAUUUUAUUAGAGGGAAUAUCCAUGUAUGAAGUAAACGGUAGCAGCAAUCGCCCUGCAGCUGUGAAAUUCCUAUACUGGGAGACAACGUGUCCCAGCUUGGCCAGCGCACACACACACACACACACACACACACACACACACACACUGUGGCUUUGAAAUUCCACAUGAAGGGAAGCUGCAGUGGGACUCAUUUUAUCCAGCCUGGGCAAGAAUACACAUGUCCCACGCACCGUCGCUGAGGAAUGAGGCAGCCGGCUCAGACCUGCCCUGAAAAGGCCGACAUAGGGUGGGGGGAUGGGUGGUGGAGAGCACUGACUCGGUUCGGAGGCAAAUGCAGGUGAGAGACAGGAUCGCGCGUACUGGCUUGGACGACAACUCUUCUUUGCGUGCUCCUGGUCUUCUGUGAGGCACAGAAGAGGCAGCAGACAGGUCCAAGUGUGUGUAGAUGUGCGACAGCGGAGUGUGUGAGGACAAGCCCCCAGCCCCCCCUGUCAGGAUGAGCAGCCAAGGAGGAGGAGUCAAGGACCCCCAGUCGACCAACCACAGCUCUCGGCCGCUUCCGUCCGUGCCGGAGGAGCGGAAGUCCAGGAACAAGAUCAUCUCCAUGUUUGCCUCUGAGAAAGGAGGCAGGAAGAAAGACCGGGACAAGGACAGGCCGGAGAUCUCUUCCCCGUCCGACUUUGAGCAUACCAUCCACGUGGGAUUUGAUGCCGUCACUGGAGAGUUCACAGGCAUGCCGGAGCAGUGGGCCCGCCUCCUUCAAACCUCCAACAUCAGCAAAUCAGAGCAGAAGCAGAACCCCCAGGCGGUCCUCGACAUCCUCAAGUUCUACGACUCCACCAGCGGGAAGCAGAAGUACCUCAGUUUCUCUGCCUCAGAUAAAGAUUCUCAGUCGCCGGACAAGCAGAGCGCAACCACCACCUCGCCAGGGAGAAAAGAUGGCGGCGACGAUGAUGACGACGAUGCGCCGCCGCCAGUUGUGGCGCCGAGGCCGGAGCACACAAAAUCAGUUUACACGAGGUCGGUGAUUGACCCGCUGCCGCCUCCUGAGGGAGACGCAUCCUCCAAGGCAGCCGACAGACAGAAGAAGAAAGGAGGCAAGAUGACGGAUGAGGAGAUCAUGGAGAAACUCAGAACUAUCGUCAGCGUUGGAGAUCCCAAGAAGAAGUACACGCGAUACGAGAAGAUCGGACAAGGGGCGUCUGGAACUGUUUACACUGCCAUAGAUGUUGCGACAGGACAAGAGGUGGCCAUCAAGCAAAUCAACUUGCAGAAGCAGCCAAAGAAAGAACUCAUCAUCAACGAGAUCCUGGUCAUGAAGGAGAUGAAGAAUCCCAACAUAGUCAACUUUGUAGACAGUUUCCUGGUUGGGGAGGAGCUUUUUGUGGUGAUGGAGUACCUGGCCGGCGGCUCCCUGACGGACGUGGUGACGGAGACGUGCAUGGACGAGGCCCAGAUCGCCGCCGUGUGCAGAGAGGUCCUCCAGGCUCUGGAGUUUCUUCAUGCCAAUCAGGUCAUCCAUCGAGACAUCAAGAGCGACAACGUGCUGUUGGGAAUGGAUGGAUCAGUCAAACUUACUGACUUUGGCUUCUGCGCUCAGAUCACGCCGGAACAGAGCAAGCGCAGCACCAUGGUAGGCACUCCAUACUGGAUGGCUCCAGAGGUGGUGACCCGGAAAGCCUACGGACCCAAAGUGGACAUCUGGUCUCUGGGCAUCAUGGCCAUAGAGAUGGUGGAGGGAGAGCCCCCGUAUCUCAACGAGAACCCUCUCAGGGCGUUGUAUUUAAUCGCCACCAACGGGACUCCUGAGCUGCAGAGUCCAGAGAAGCUGUCCCCUGUCUUCAAGUCCUUCCUGUCCCGCUGUCUGGAGAUGGACGUGGAGAAAAGAGGAUCGGGCAGAGAACUGCUACAGCAUCCUUUCCUGAAGCUGGCCAAGCCUCUGUCCAGCAUGACUCCCCUCAUCCUGGCGGCCAAGGAGGCCAUGAGGAGCAACCGCUAAGUGGACGUCAGAGAGGAGGCUAUGCCAAAGACGCCCUAAAUCCGCUGACUUCUCCUCCUUUUCUUUGUAGGACCAGCAUCAGCGACACUGUUUUGUUUUUUGUUUGUUUGUUUUUUUUUACUUUUGCCAGUGUUCAUCUCCCGCUGGUUGAACUCACAUCACCUCUGUGCCUUGUUGGUUUUAACCCUGCUUCACAGCCACGCUGACACGUGUCAUCAUAUCCGGGAUCAAACCUGGUGAAAUACCAGCACACAUACAGUACUUGUGCAGUGAACAAAGUUGAACUACACAUUUUAAUGGCCUCCAGAGCCCUCCCUCACUCAUUCACACGGGUUAUAUUUGAUUCAUUGGUGUCAGAUGACAUGCACAAAGCAAUGAGGACAAUUGGAAACAAGGUAGACUGGGUGUCCAAACUUUUUCCACAGAGGGCUGCACACAGAAAAAUGAAAGGAUGUGGGGGCUACUUUGAUACAUUUUGCACAUAAAAAAAACAUUGACAUCUAAGAUUUUUGUUCCAGGUGACAAAGCAAAUUAGUGUAAUUAAUAUCUAAUAAAGCAGCCAUUUAAUUUUCAGAAUCUGGACAAAAAAAAUAAGUUGCAGGCCGGAAUUGGCCCCGGGGCCAUACAUUGGACACACUCCGAACUUUUCAUGACAGCAGCAAUGUGUCAGUGCUGCUUUGGUGCUAAAUUAAGCCAUUGCAUAUUUUUUUAAAUGUUUAGUUUUCUAGUCAUUUGUGUCACCAUAAUCAGGAGCCGUGCAAACUAUGCAAACAUCCAACCGUUUGAAUACUUUCCAGGAAAAAAAACUUCAAAAGUUCUGUUUGUCUUACAGUGAGAUGUGUUGUGGAAUUCAGAUUUGUCAAAUUGUAUGUUCUGAACUGGAUUUUUUGGUAUGUAUAUUACGUAACGGACAACAACUUGGUUUACAGCGAACAUCACAGAAGACAGUGUGAGCGUGUUUGUGUCCCAAAACACUGACAAAUACGUGUCAUUUUAUCUGCUCAAAUUUAGACCAAUUUAGCCCUGAAAAUACCUCAUCUUCCUGUCAGUUUGGACAACCACGGAUUUAGGUUUUGAUAAACGAAGCAAAAUGUAGUAAAAAGCUGCACAUUAACUCACAGUAUGAGGCUAUGGACCAAAGUCUUUCUAUGUGUAUACUGAUUGAGUAAUUGAAAAUAAGUGGUUUAUCAUGAAACGAGUGACUGGAGCGGAAUAAAACGUUUGGUAAAUUAUUAAUACUGAA